UCUGUUUUGUAGAACGUCUAGCAAGAGGAGCACCGUACAAGAUGCGUUUCAUACUUCUACUGGCGUUAGUAGCAGUGACACUAGCGGAGGAGGUUGCGAAGGAAUCAGAUCCGAGUCCAGAGCUUCGACCCGAAGAGUCCGCGCAACCCAUCCGAGUGCACGAAGAUGAACAUCAUGAUCAUUACCAUGACGGCUUGGACCUGAUCCGAAGCCGUGCCGAACGCUUGCACUUGCAUUUUGACGAUCAUCAUCAUCACAGCCCUGGACCAAAAGGUCCCGUGAAAGUCGACUACAAGGAAGAUGACAUCUCAAUUCCUGUGGUCUUACGUACCUCGCACGUACACCCAAUCCAUAGUACACCCAAUAUCGGACUUCAAAACAAGAUCAUCCAUGACGUGUACAGUCCAGACUACUACCAGCCUACCUGGAUUCUUGACUACAGAUACCUGAAGACGGGCGGCAGGGACUACACCCGAGGUCCCGGUGGUCAGAUCCUCAUUCUGCCUAAAGGUGUUAAAAGCAAGGAGCACAAGGAGUUCCCUGACUACGACCAUUUGAUCGAGCACCUGCGGCUGAGUCGCUUGUCAGAACACUCGAAGUAUGGCAAACAUGGUUACGGAUACGGUCAUCACGACGAGGGACACCACUACCCCUACCAUGAUGACCACCAUGAUCACAAGCACCACGGCCACGGUCACGGCCAUGGCCAUGGCCCCGCCCAUCAUCAUAACCCAUGGAAAUACUGAAAGACCCUGCUAGCAUCUUAGAACCAACCACCGUUUCACCUCAUUUGGCUCUUCGUAUUAUUUUGUUGAACUAUUUAUUUUAUUUUUUGUUUUGGUACUGUU